AUGGCGAGGCCGCCGCGGCUGCUGCCUGCGCUGCUCCUCUUGCUGCGCCUGUGCGCGCUCCCCGCCCCCGCGCGGUCCCAGAACGCGUCCGCGCCCGCGCCCGCGCCGGCGUCCGUCGAGGGGUUCAACUGCUCCGCGACCAGGGCGUACCCGUGCCAGGCGUACGCGCUCUACCGCGCCGGCUUCGCGGGCGUGCCGCUCGACUUCGCGGCCAUCGGCGACCUCUUCAGCGUCAGCCGCUUCAUGGUCGCGCACGCCAACAACCUCUCCACCUCGGCCGCGCCGGCGAGCGGGCAGCCGCUGCUCGUGCCGCUCCAGUGCGGCUGCCCCUCCCGGUCGCCCAACGCCUACGCCCCCACGCAGUACCAGAUCACCCCGGGCGACACCUACUGGAUCAUCUCCACCACCAAGCUGCAGAACCUCACGCAGUACCAGGCGGUGGAGCGCGUGAACCCGACGCUGGUGCCCACCAACCUCGAUGUCGGCGUCAUGGUCACGUUCCCCGUCUUCUGCCAGUGCCCGGCCGCCGCCGACAACGCCACUGCGCUCGUCACCUACGUCAUGCAGCCGGGCGACACCUAUGCGUCCGUCGCCGCCGCCUUUGCCGUCGACGCCCAGUCCCUCGUCUCCCUCAACGGGCCCGAGGCGAGGGCGGGGCUGUUCGCGGAGAUACUAGUGCCGCUCCGCCGGCAGGUGUCUGACUUUUUGCCCCCCAUCGUGCGCGUAAGCAACGCCUCGGCGACGCCAGCUUCCCCGCCGCCGUCUGCUUCCCCCAACGCGACAGCGUGA